AAGCUGCGCGGUAAGUGUCCAGGCUAAGCCGACCCGGGCUUCUGAGCUCCGGAGAGACACGGAUCGUAGAGAGGGAGGGAACGACCGUACUAAAGCCUAGCGUAACGUCGUUGGAAGAUGGUUGGUUGGAGAUAUACAGGAGAACGGCAGACUGAGACCAGGCAGCAAGGCGACUCGGAAUGGAACGAAGCUGCUGCUGCAGGAUGUACAAACCGCAAGCGACCACACGACGCUCCUUACAACGCGCGGUCCCCUGAAUUCGAAGCACGAUAACUACACCCGUCAAAACACGAACGGACGGACCGUCGCAAUUGCCGCACAUCACACGGUCGCCGACGCAACAGUUACUUCGAUGAUAAUGCCAGUAGCAUCAGGACAGGCAGUUCUAGUGGUGGCCAUGUCUAGACGGAUGCGUCGGGGUCUAAAAGGUUGUUAGUGCGCGGAUACUGUCUCUGCUAUCCUGUGUUGCCAACUAUACAGUCGUGUCACGGCAGUAGCGGAACGAAACGUGCGGAUGCUGCGCAAAAACGUACUGUGACCUGAGCUCGCGACAGCGUCUCUACAAUGAGAACUCUUGUGAAUGGGGCCACUUAUACGCUGGCAAAGGGAUCUGCUGGAAAUGACAUCAAAUUCAAGACUAGGACAGAUGUGAGGUUUUGUGGUGGCCAUGGUCUUUGUUCUGUGCAAAGGCGGUGGCCGUAGUUGUGAUGAAUCGGAAAAGCUGCUAGAAGAUGGUUAUAGUAAUUGAAGAGCUGAAGCAAUGGGUAUCGACGUAGAUAUAAUUUCUUCGCCGUCCUCUGGAUGACAAAUAACGUUAAUACAUUUGUCUGUUUUCUAUCGAUACCUUUCAUUGCAGGUGUGUUGAAUAAUGUGCAAAUUCAGCAUUGGCCAAGUGACGAAAAUAUUAGCUGACUAUCGAGUGGCAACUCACGGCAACUUGUCGCAUAUAGCGAAGUGAUUCGGAUCCCGAUUCAAAAACAGCAUCACUCAUCAUUAAAAUCAGUGUUCCCCCAAGAACGUAUUUAUCGAGGCAUGUCGACGAAGCAAAAUUACCAGCGGUGAUGACGUGAUUGGGCUACCAUAGAUAUCAUUUAUACAUUUCUAGAUUUCAGCAAUUUUGUGAUAGACAAAAUUGUAAGUGAAAAUUCCUUUCUAUUCUAAUAUUACUCUGAGCAACCCAUUGGGCGACCUAUUACACAGCGGUUACCUGCCGUAUUUGAUUAUCUAAUGUUCUUGAAUAGAUUAUACUCUACAUAUAUUAAAUGAAAAAACUAAGAUUAACGUGAUCGGGACUGCCAAACUAGGCUGCUUCAGCUCUGUGCGAAUAAUCCGAAAAAUAGAAACGACACUCGAACUAACUGAAUGCCUGCGCGGGCUAGAACAGCGGUCUCGAAGAAAUAGGCGACAAAAAUCAGCCGACGAAACAGAGGACGCAGGACAGCUGUACAUGCACCAUAAACGCUCCACUAGGACGUGUCAGUAACAAAGAAUAAGCCUGUGGGCUAAAGGGGGCCGGCGCACUGUCCGUAACUUCAUCCAUCCGAACAAAAUUUCAAUUCGAAACCUCUUCAUUUUCAAAGACAAAUGCCUACAGAACAUUAUCCUAACGAUCAGGCCCGCUAAGGAAGUGCGCUGAGCUCACGAGCAGACAUCGUACGUACGUGUUCUACCGCCCCGAAGGACCGACAUUUUUUGAGCAGUGCCUGAAAUUUAGCGAACGUCUCCAUCGAAUUAGACCGAGGAGCGAAGUCCAGUGUACGACGCAACGUUCAUCCAAUAAACCGCGACCCGACGCCCGGCUGCUGCUUCCGGCUGGUCGGUGCAGGCGGGCGGCUCGUAGCAGCAACAACAGUUGCGGGCAUCUGGCAGAGCGCAACCGACAAAAACCAUCGUCGGAGCCAGAUCUCACCUGCGCCGUCCUCCCGGCAGACUCGGGAGAAGGCGUUGGGACGUGGUAUGCUGUGUCUUAUCAGAUCACACCUUCGAUUAGGAAUCGUAUUAACUAGUACUAAUAGCAAUAAACAGUCCUCCUCCUAUCGACACUAUAAUAUUCAAAUGCUAGCGCUGAUUAAGCAAACCAUAUCACGCCAGAAAGAGAAAAUAAAUAACAAACCAUAGAAGUAUGUGCGAGAAAGGACGAUCGGAAUCGCUACUCGACGGCCGCUAACGAUAUAGUAACGGAAUAAGAAGACGGGAACUAAGUCAUAGCAGAGAGGGUGACACAGGAUCAACACGUCCGACUUUGAGAUCAGGUUAGCGGAAAAAAGUUGGAGACGAAGAAAACCCGAGCACAGGAAAGACGCCCACAACAACGACGACAAAGAAAAAGAUCUUCAAGGUACAACUCAUAAGCUAUAACUAAGAAUAAUACUAUUAAUACAAUUAACGAUAACAACAAUAGUAAUAUUAAUGACAUAACACGCGUCAUAAAACAAGUAAGUGUGUAAGGAUAUAACUCAACAAGGAACGUAGCAUAAUAAUUAUAAUAUAACAACACUUAUAACCGAGAAGGCGGUGAAGGAGCCGAGAGGGGGCUCAGAUAGAUGAGCUCGAAGGAACAAACUGAUUACACGCAAAAAUAAAGCCAGAGCGAAAACGGCAACCAAAAAACGUGUCAAAAACAGAAUCUGGCUUCCACGGAACUCUUUCGUUGAUUAGCAUCAAGCAUCAGGCAACGAGUUAUCGUAGCUCGACGCAAAAAUCCAAAGAAAAGAGACAAAGAGAAAAAGCGGUAGAAUAUUACUGUGCGUCAACGCUCUCCGAUGAGAACUGGUCCUUGGUGUAACGCAUUUCAGCCAAUACAAUCCGAUACAUUUUAUAAGCGACAUACAAUAGUAUACCGAGGAUUUACUAAGGUCCCUCAGUGAGAGCCAAACGCAAACAAAAACUCUGUCGAGUCAUCACGAGGUGCUGCGAAAAUAUUGAAUAGAAACGAAACGCAACGCGUAAAGGAAGAAGACAGCAAUAACAGAAGUCAGAAUAAGCAGAAGUUCAGCCAGAGUGAUUAAUUCGCUUCGUUUGGCCAUGGCGACAGUAUGAGCCAACGACGCGCACAUCAGCAGAACCAGGUGAGACAUGCGCGAGACGAGCCGCCCUUGACAACGAUGGCGUCGAUCUAGGGCAAGCUAGGCCAGCUUGGAAAAGCCUUGCUAGCGGGGCCGCCAUUAACAUCGGCGGCUGGACGGGCUUGGCAGAUCAACAAGCCGUUGAUUACAACAACAUAAGCGGUUACUCGCUGUCACUGCUGCUGCAGCUGCCACAAUUUAGACCGCAGCGUCCGAAGACGACGAAAGAUGGCCACAGUCACGACUGAGUGGCCGCCGAGGGAGUUGAACACGACCACGGAUUCCUCCACGACGCCGUUCGCUUCGGUGGCAUCAUCCGGCGGUGGUGCACAUCGUUCGAAUCGGGUGGUUCGUCGAAUAUUUAAUGAGACCUUUUCCACAAUGCUACCCAUGCUAACCGAGGCUGCUGAGACGUUAACAAUUACCACGUCAUCGGUGUUCGAAGUGGGAGCCGGCGGGCCGGCAACAAUCGGUGUCGUCAACGGGGGAGACAGAAGUAAUAGCGAAGUCGUAGGUGAUUGCGAUGACGCCUGGAACCACACCAGCUGCGGUGUCAAUGGAACAGGCGUCAUUGAGUGGACCCUGCCAUUUCCAUUGUGGCAAACUAUCCUUAUUGGAAUAGCAAUAGGAGUAUGCAUCAUACUAACGGUAGCCGGCAACAUCCUUGUCUUGACAGCGUUCAUUGUUGAGCGUACGAUCCGUCAGCCUUCGAACUACUUCAUUGUGUCUUUAGCAGUGUCAGAUCUACUCAUCGGUAUAGUGUCUAUGCCUUUCUACGCUGUGUAUGUACUAAAUGGCAGUUGGGAUCUAGGCCCAGUUAUAUGUGAUUUGUGGUUAGCCACUGAUCAUACGGUGUGUCUCGUAUCAAUCUACACUGUAUUGCUGAUAACAAUCGAUCGCUAUUGCUCUGUGAAAAUUGCCGCCAAGUAUCGUUCUUGGAGGACCCGCGACAAAGUGAUCUGGAUGGUAGUUAUCACGUGGAUUUUGCCCUUUCUAAUAUUUUUUAUCUCAAUCCUGGGCUGGGAACACUUUACUGGGCGCCGCGAUCUUAAUCCGGGCGAGUGUGCCGUACAGUUCCUCAAGGAUCCAGUAUUCAAUACGUCCCUAAUCUUUGGGUAUUUCUAUUGCACUAUGGUAGUUCUAUUCGUUCUCUACGGUGGUAUCUACAAGACUGCCAGCGACAUGCAACGAAAAUCGGCGGAGAAACAGAGGAAGAUGCAAUCGCUCGUUGCAAUGGGACGAGGAACGCUGGACGUCACGCCUGGGCUCGGCCUCGGUCUAGCUAAAGCCGCUCAAGUUGGCGCCGACCGGCCUCCAUCCAAGGGCGACGGGCCGGGUAAUCCUGCGCUAGGUGGCAAAGGAGCAAAGGAUCCCCGAUCGCCUCCGAAGGAGCCACACGGCCACGGAGCCGUAGGCAACUUUUGCAGCAACGACUCGUCGAUCCUCGAAUCUCAGAGAACGUCUUCCAAGUUUGCUAACAACACCGAAACAACGUCAUUUUCGGAAAAGAAUAACAAAACCGACAACGACAACGACCAGGAUCAAGACCGUUCCUCGAGUCCGGUCUUCGAAUCGGAUGACGACUUCGACGAUGAGGAUGAAAACAGCACGAGUACAAAAACAACCCAGCCAAACAAACCGAAAGCUCCGAAGCCUAAAGCGAAGCCGAAAACUCCAAAGUCGCACAAGAAGUCCGACGCAGGCCGAAUGUCACUCGUCGAGGCGAUGCGAAUCAGUGCACCCGCGUUCGGACUCAAGCCGCAGCAGUCAGAAGGCCCCUCAGAGCUAGCCUCAAUCGGUGGCCUGAGCAGUCUAGGCAUGCCCGGCCUUGGGCUCGGCAUCGCAAGGAAAGGCUUGCAUUGUGAUCCGGCAAAGACCACAACAAUAGUAACAACAUCACCUACUACUGCAACAACAACAACGGCCAAUAGCACUGAUUAUAGUUCAGCCUAUUCCAAAAUAGCUAGCAGCACGACGGCCAGCAGCAAGCCGUUAGAUACGAACGCUAGCCAUCAUCAUUCUCAUCAUCAUGAAUCAACGGGUCAAAUAAAUCGCAAUUCAUCGAUAGAGUUAUUACACUCCAGCAAGAGAACAGGUAACGCCACUGUAACUGCCACCAGCGCAAAGGUCCAGCCGUCAGUAUCGCUCGAUGUAAAACAGCGCGGCAGCACGCUGCUAGUCAUCACCGAAAUGGCGCCCGACGUAUCGGAGGCCUGUCUCGAAGCAACAGAACAAACAGCCGACGAAGGGCAACAGAUUGUUGCUAACGAUUACACAACUACAACUACUAACACUACUAGCAGUCAAUACAUGCACAGCACGGCAACAACGAACGGCAAUAUCCUAGGAGGCACCACUCCCACGCAAGAAGAACACCUGCCGGCGGCGGCAAGGGACAAAGAAGUUCAGGUAGGCCCAAUAGAGUCUUCGCAGACGAGCGAAGUAAAAAUGCCCCAAAUCUGCGGAGCAUCAACGGACGCUGUGACUGCAUCUGAAAGCGCUGCAAUGUUAGCAACUAUCACACCCUGUCAGGUCAUCCAAGCAGACACAGUUCAAACACCUGUAGAAUACAUAUCGAGCUCGGGAGCAGUGGCCAUUGUGGUCAAUGAAACCGUCUGCAAACAGCUGCCUACGACCGCCCUUCUUGCGGUCCCUGACUCCGCAAGUAUACCCGCUAAAGACAUAUUAGUGAAGAGCGCAAGCGGAAGUGAUAGCUCGAGGACGGUCACCAAAGUAGCGGGCGAGGGAGACGUCGGAAGGCUGCCGGGCGGCCUUUUUCGAAACGCCGCCUCAAACCGUUCCAAGCGGGAAAUGAUCUCCUCCUUUAGUAACCGGCUUCGAAAAAAACGCAAAAAUAACGAGAAACGACAAAAGUCCAAGUCGGAAAACCGAGCCCGCAAAGCCCUCCGCACGAUCUCAUUCAUUUUGGGUGCGUUUGUCAUAUGCUGGACACCAUACCACAUCCUCGCGCUGGUUGAGGGCUUUUGCAGAGAUUCUCGUGGUUGCGUCAAUCAUCAUCUAUUCUAUUUCACUUAUUUCCUCUGCUACGCCAACAGCCCGAUUAACCCAUUUUGCUAUGCGCUCGCCAAUCAGCAGUUCAAGAGGACCUUUUACAGAGUGCUCCGGGGGGACUUCCACAAAACAUGAAACGCGGUUUACCCUAGGCCAAUAAAUAGUAACAUGAUUACGACCUGGGGGGAAGGGGGGUCAAUGACGACACAAGAACAAAUUGAACAAACUGAAAACAGCCAAAUCAUUGUUACAUCACUGUGAUAGCACUAGGAGAAUUCGGCGUUAAUUGAUUGGUAUUGGGACACAAAAAGAACGAACUAAAUUAGUUUCACAAACAAUGUAGCAAUCGUCAAGAGGAACUGGUUAUACUUUGAGGACAUCAUUACACUUGUACCAUUGUUACUAACUGCCACCUUCCUGUACACGCAUAUUUUACAUGUUAGAAAAUAUGAUUGCCUAGGUUGCUCAUGUACCUAACAGCAAAUUAAUAGGGAAGUAGGUGGAUCACGCUGGCAAGAGAUGCUACUACUGACCGUCUGAUUUGUGUGUGUGUUACGCAAAUUAUGCCCUUGAAGCCUGCAGGAAUUUGGCCACCAUUGUUCAUGCGCCUAGGGUACCUCGAUGGAUCAUACGGUGAACCCGCGAUAGAGAACUGCGACAGAAAGGCCAGCGACAACGAAAAAAAGCGAAACGUUAAAUAGCAAAAUAUUAAUCCUUACCCAAGACCCAUUUUAGCUUAGAAUUAUCUAGAUAAGCAACUGUUCAACAAUGGGCUCAGUAACAACAACCAAAUUUAGACAUGUUUGAAAAUCCACUUGAGACAAAAAACCAAUUUAGUGAUUAUGAAUUGCAUUCCAACUGAAAAUCAUAUGCGUCGUUCAAUAAUGAUAUUAGAUAUAAGAAAAGAUUACGGCGGCAAAUGUUAUUACAAUUAUUAUUAUUAUUAAUAUUACGAUUGUUACUGAACAAGGACAACAGCCAUAGUCAUCCAAAGGAACCAAAAAACUGCUAUAGGAAAGAUGAAGCUAUUAUUAUUAUUGUUACCAUUGUAAAUGAUAAUAAAUCGCUCGUACAAACGGCUUUGUGGCAUGAUGUUUCGACCGCUGGAAGACCCCCCGAACUUCGUGAAGAUGAAGAUAUUCUCCGAUUAAGAUCUCCGACUUCAACAACAACCAGUGCAGUACCAACCUCUUUAUAACGACUUGGCAACAAUCGUCCCACAAAUCAGCAUUUCCAGAAUCAACAAUUUAUAGAAUUAUAUAGGCAACAUUCUCUAACACGAACUACAGAAACGACGAACCUAAUCAGGAUAUCUUAAAACUUCAGCGGUAGUUUUCGACGGACAAUGGUCCGGUGUGAGCGCCACCGCGACCUAAACCAUAUUGCGGCAGUUUGUAAUUGUUUUCUCUGCGAGAAUCUUCUAAGUAACACGAGAUCCGGAGAGUCCGCGGUCUGUCAGCCAAGGAGCCAGCAACCACGCGGUUAAUUGUGUCUUUCAACUUAUAUAGCGACGGCGAAUAACUAAUGCAUCUAUCCUACUAAAACAUUCAUCAAGUUUUUACACAACAAUAUAACUACGAACUCUAUGUACGCGCAUUGUUCCGACUUAGCGCGAGAGCGGUCUCCACCUACAGAGGCGUGAUGUCGUCGUCCGUCACACGGAAGAGCAUUUCCCGAAGCCGCAUUGUUUUAUUACACGAUAAUAACAACCUCUGAUUAUCGCAUUCGCAGAGUCGAUCAUAAUUGCCACCUGAUGAUCAGUUGAUCUAAGGAUGAAUGAGCGAAUUAUGAAAUCAGCCGCAAAGAGGGUCAGUUACCGUGUAGAAAAGACACUCGUUCGUUGCAUUGAAACCGCCGACGUUCAGUUGUCAGCAAUUUAAUACCGCAGUUACGAAUAAAUGGGGAUGGUGGGGACCGGCUCGCGUUCGGUCAAGGGGUCUGUCGUCAAACUUCGAGCUGGAAUAAGAACAGGGUUGGAUUUAGACGGCUAAAGGAGACACUGCACUGUUUUGUGCUAUUUAAGCUGCCGUCUUGUAUAUCAGGGUUGGGUAGGUUUUUGGAUGGUGAUUACGGUAAUGAUGAUGAAGAUAAUUAUUAAACAUGAUGAGCUCUAGACAAAAAAAGAAGAAUUUAAACGCCAACGGUAUUAAAACGAAAUCAAUAGAGCCGAUGGAAACGACAGCAGCAGCAGCAGCAGCAGCACCAACGAUAACAACUGAACACAACAUUCAUCAACCCGAUAGUGAUAAUGCGAAAAAAGAUAAAAAUGAAGGCCAAGUGUCCAAUACAUGACGAUGAUGGCCCGGCAGAGCAAAGAGAUUUUGUGAAAGCGACGGCAAACAUUCAUAAACACAAACACAUAGAUGCUGUUUCCAAGCAAACAAAUUAAAGGAAGUAAGACGAUUGAAGAGCUCCUCGGUUGCGAAUAAUAAUACUAAUAAUAAGAUAAGCGACCAUGUAGAAGGUAACACGGUUUUCAAAGACGAAAAAGUCCUAGUUGGUUAGGCGAGCAAGAGCAAAAAGGGUGUAUUGUGUACGAAAAGGAUAAACAAACAAGCGGAACUGCUUGAACGGAUUGAGAGAACCGCAGUAAACGAAAGUAGAUACAUCGCUAAUAUGCUAAAUCAGAAAAAAAAUGUUGUAGACGAAGUCUUACUACCACUACUAUAGGUGGACCGUAGUGAAGUACUAGGUAAUGGCAGACACAAACGAAACUAAAAGAGAAAAAGGUUGGAUGGAAUUGAGCGUAUAAGAAGCGAACGCUUGGAAACGAAUGCGUUGCUUGAUGACACAAAGCAUACAAGAAGCCCUUGUCGAAGGUCGCUACCGAGCCAAGCUGUCAGGCCUCCUAUAUAUAUAUAUAUAUAUAUAUAUAUAUAUAU